GGCCGCCAUGUGGGGAGAGCUCCUCAGUUCAAAUCACCGGCCGCAUUCGCCACACUGGCUUUGUCCGCCGACUGAACCACCAAACACUUUGUCACCCAACCCCACAGAGCAGCAGAAAUGGCACAACUUACGCAAAUGACCAACGAGCAGCUCCAGAAGCUGAUCGAAGCGGUACAGGCAGCCGCCGUGUCUGCCGCCGGAAGUGCAGCCGCAGCCGAGGGAGCAGACGCCACCAAAGGCAAGGGCAACUUUUCCACGUGCACGCACAGCUUCGGCGGAACCCGCGAUCACGACGUGGUCGAGGAGUUCAUUGCCAACAUCACGUUGUACAAGGAGCUGGAGGGGAUCAGCGACGAGAACGCUCUGAAGGGCAUCUCACUGCUGUUCUAUGGAAUGGCCAGCACCUGGUGGCAGGGCGUCCGCAAGGAGGCCGCCACAUGGAAGGAAGCCAUCAACCUCAUCCGCGAACACUUCUCGCCCACCAAGCCCGCAUACCAGGUCUACAUGGAGUUCUUUCAAAGGAAGCAGGAAGACAUUGACCCCAUUGACACCUUCGUGAUCCAGAAGCGAGCGCUGCUGGCCCAGCUGCCCAGCGGUCGCCACGACGAGGAAACGGAACUGGAUCUCCUGUUCGGUCUGCUGAACAUCAAGUACCGCAAGCACAUCUCCCGCCAGAGCAUCCGUACCUUCAAGGAUCUCUUGGAACAGGGCCGCAUCAUCGAGCACAACAACCAGGAGGACGAGGAUCUGGUCGCCGCAGCAAAAAACACCCGUGGCUCCAAGCGCACCACCCGCUGCACCUACUGCAGUUUCCGGGGCCACACAGUCGACAAUUGUCGCAAGCGCCAGAAGGAUCGGCAGGAGGAUCAACGCGAGGAGUAGGCGGCACAAACACCGCCAAAUACCAAGGGGCAGCAGCCACCGUCAUUGGUGACCUCAUCGCUGCCCAAUACAGAACUUUUCGUAGCCUCGCCGGCCGAUCGACGCCAGAGACAACGCCCAACAACCGGGGAGAUGAGGAGCGGCAGCAACACCAAAAGCAGCAGCAGCAGCAGCAGCAUCAGCAGCAGCAACACCAAAAGCAGCAGCAGCCACAUCUCAUACUCUCCAUACUCACUGGCAAUCGGCGUGCCGGUAAGCCGCGAUUUAGCUUCUGAAACCCACGCUGUUUGUAUUGCUCUUCGCAAUACCUCGAAAACGGCUCUAUUUCUAUAAUAUUUCACGCCGACUCGCGGCUAUUUUGGCACAGAACGCCAGCAUUUGGAAAGUAAUUUAUAUAAUUACUUAGAAUAUUGAACAUGUAUUUUCAACUAGUAUGUAGAUUUCGAGAAUCAUCGGGCGGAGCGGCUGAGGAUCAGGCAUUUCGUCCGUAAAAUCGGUUAUUCGCAAUGGAGGACUAUGAAAUUCGAACCAGAUGGCGGGUAAAGUGCCUCGGCAUGGAGCCCCCAUUUUCUUCGAAUCUGAUGCUCUGACAUCGCGAGUCCGAAAUGGAUGUUGCUUGAUCUCCAGUCGCCCCGCACAACCGUUGAUUCUCACAACCGCCGGCUCCACUUUGUGCCGGUCAGCGGAGGAGCAGCGAUUAGUUGGCUGUCAAGAGAGAUGAUUGCUGUGUUGAAAGACAUGGCAAUCAUAGCUUUUGUAUCCAUUAUUUGUGAUUUUUCGUCUGAUCCCGGUCCUUUGUGAAGCUGGCGAACCCGUCCGGUGAACGCCCACUUAGAUCCUUUUGCCGAGGGAUUUCGACGGCCCCGAAGGCGGGCGCCACUCGUUUCCGGUUGUGGCUUCGGCUGCUUCCGGUUUCCGGUGACGCAAUCCUUCGCGAUGUCCCCCCUGCGAGUGGAGCUACAAUGGGCGUGAGCCGGGCAAAACUUAAAUUUCGUCAGAAAUUUAGGACACCAACCAACCAACCAACCAACCAACUUGUUUUGAAUUUUUCAAAACUAAUUGACCACAUAGCACUACGAUGGCUAACGAUUCGCCAUCCGUGCGGUUGGCACGCCAAGUUGUCUCUUCGAGAUCAGGGGCCUAGGGCUGUUUAACAUUCGACCCCAGCGAUUUCGCGACAGGUUUCGGCACGCCAGUAUCCAUCACACAAAAUCCAGGGGCUGGGACACGUCACUACCGGACUCCUCCAGCCGGCACAGACCUCCCCGCCCCCAACCAUGUAAAAUCGGCCGCUUGUGCAGAUGCCAUAGGCGCGACCAGCCAUCCGACCUGGAACAACUCCGGAAAAUGGUGACCAGACUUGCUCGUGCGCCUUCAACUGGAGUCUUGGCCACAAGCACAGCAAGGCUUUGGCCCGCUAUCCCCAUACAGAAACCAAGAGUGGGGCCUAUGGUAGACCGCAAGUGGCUGAUAAAUACACAACAAACUUGUAAGACUGAAACCAGAUUAUUAUUAAACUACAGAACCAGCAAAACUA